GGAAGUUUUCAAAGCCAAACAUCGUCAGACGGGCAAGAAAGUAGCACUGAAGAAAGUGUUGAUGGAAAAUGAGAAGGAAGGGUUCCCCAUCACAGCCUUGCGAGAGAUUAAAAUCCUUCAGCUGCUCAAACAUGAGAACGUGGUGAACCUCAUAGAAAUCUGCAGGACUAAAGCCUCUCCGUACAACCGCUGCAAGGGCAGUAUCUACCUUGUGUUUGACUUCUGUGAGCAUGACCUGGCUGGCCUUCUCAGCAAUGCCCAUGUCAAGUUCACCCUCUCAGAGAUCAAGAAAGUUAUGCAGAUGCUAUUGAAUGGACUUUACUACAUCCACAGGAACAAGAUCUUGCAUCGAGACAUGAAAGCUGCAAAUGUCCUGAUCACACGAGAUGGAGUCCUGAAGCUAGCGGACUUUGGGCUGGCUCGAGCUUUCAGCUUGGCUAAGAACAGCCAGCCAAACCGCUACACCAACCGGGUGGUGACUCUGUGGUAUCGGCCGCCAGAGCUGCUCCUAGGGGAGCGGGACUACGGUCCCCCCAUUGACCUCUGGGGCGGAGGCUGCAUCAUGGCAGAGAUGUGGACCCGCAGCCCCAUCAUGCAGGGGAACACAGAGCAGCACCAGCUCACCCUCAUCAGCCAGCUCUGCGGAUCCAUCACACCGGAGGUUUGGCCGAACGUGGAUAAAUAUGAGCUGUACCAGAAGCUGGAUCUCCCCAAGGGCCAGAAGCGCAAGGUGAAGGAUCGCCUGAAGGCUUACGUUAAAGAUCCUUACGCACUUGACCUCAUCGAUAAGCUGCUGGUGCUAGAUCCCGCCCAGCGCAUCGACAGCGAUGACGCGCUGAACCACGACUUCUUUUGGUCAGACCCUAUGCCCUCGGACCUCAAAAACAUGCUGUCCACCCACAACCAGUCCAUGUUCGAGUACCUGGCCCCACCACGCAGAAGGGGUGGGCAUAUGCCCCAGCAGCCAACAAACCAGGGCAGGAACCCGGCUGCCACCAACCAGACUGAAUUCGACAGGGUGUUUUGAGCAGGGGCUUCCCCAGCGGGGUCCCAGCUGGGCUACUCCGCAGGUUGCAUUAAG